CGUGGCCGUGGGUGGCCGUCCGUGGGUGCCGAGUGACAGGGGCACACGCGGCUGAGCCCGGCGUGGGUGGCCGUGGGCACACGGGGGGCGUUGGCACGUUGGCAGUGCCACGGCCGCCCCCGCACAAGCGCGGGGUGAAGGGUGGAGGGUGGGGGGCACCCUCGCCUCCAGCCCCUCUCCCACACCCCCCCCGUGCCGUGGAUGCGACUCCGCGUCCCCCCCUCCGCCACCAUCGCCCACCCCAGAGCGCCUUCCUGGGGAGCAGGGAAACUGAGGCAGGGCCGGGGCAAAGGCGGAUCCAGCUUUUCCAGUGCCCGCGUCCAACCCUCCCCUCUCCCAGCAACUCCCUCGACUCUCCCCUUGUUUUUCUUUCCCCACCCGGUGUUGAGCAAACCCCGAAACGCCCGCUGGCGUCGCGCCGGGGCCCCGCGGCACCCGGGGGAGCGGCCGGGGCCCCCGCACCCGGCCGGGCUUGUUCCCGGCGUCCCGCUGCCUGCUCCUGCCUGCGCUGCCUAUUCCUGGCUCCCGGCCGCUUCUCCACCCCGCUGCCAUCUGCUCCGCCGCGGGCGGCCCUGGCAGCUGCCGGCGGGGGCAGCCAGAGGGGGUUCGGCGCCCCCAGACCCCGCGCUGUGCCCGCAGGAGCUCAGCCCCUCCGGCCAUGGAGCUGCUCUCCACCCCCAAAAACAUCGAGAUCAACAACAUCACCUGCGACUCCUUCCGCAUCUCCUGGGCCAUGGAGAAGGGGGACCUGGAGAGGGUCACCCACUACUUCAUCGACCUCAACAAGAAGGAGAACAAGAAUUCCAACAAGUUCAAACACCGGGAUGUCCCCACCAAGCUGGUGGCCAAGGCGGUGCCGCUGCCCAUGACGGUGCGGGGCCACUGGUUCCUGAGCCCCCGCACCGAGUACAGCGUGGCCGUGCAGACGGCGGUCAAACAGAGCGACGGCGAGUACCUGGUGUCCGGCUGGAGCGAGACCGUGGAGUUCUGCACCGGGGACUAUGCCAAGGAGCACCUGGCCCAGCUGCAGGAGAAAGCGGAGCUGAUCGCCGGCCGCAUGCUGCGCUUCUCCGUCUUCUACCGCAACCAGCACAAGGAGUACUUCCAGCACGUCAGGAUGCACUGCGGGAACGUGAUGAAGCCGUCCCUGAAGGACAACAGCGGCAGCCACGGCUCGCCCACCAGCGGGAUGCUGCACGGCAUCUUCUUCAGCUGCAACACCGAGUUCAACACCGGGCAGCCCCCCCAGGACUCGCCCUACGGCCGGUACCGCUUCCAAAUCCCGGCCCAGCGCCUCUUCAACCCCAACACCAACCUCUACUUCGCGGACUUCUACUGCAUGUACACCGCCUACCACUACGUCGUGCUGGUCCUGGCGCCCAAGGGCUCCUCCGGGGAUCUCUUCUGCCGGGAGCGCCUUCCCCAGCUGGACAUUUCCUCCAACAAGUUCCUGACGUGCUGCGUGGAGGAGGGCGAGCUGGUGUACCGCCACGCCCAGGACAGCAUCCUGGAGGUCAUUUACACCGAGCCGGUGGACCUGAGCCUCGGCGUGCUGGGGGAGAUCAGCGGCCACCAGCUCAUGAGCCUCUCCACCGCCAACGCCAAAAAGGACCCCAGCUGCAAGACGUGCAACAUCAGCGUGGGGCGCUAAGGGCCGAAGGCGGGCAGGGCCGGGCAGGGGGACGGGCGCCCGCCGAGGGGGCUCCUCCCACGGACGCUGGUGGGUGGAGGGCGCGGGUGGGCUCGGGGGAUGCCCCGAGGAAGGAGCCGGCGGGAC